AUGGAACGGGCGCCAAGCACAAGCCCCAGUGGCGUAAAUCAGCCCCCACAACCUGCCCAGCAUGAACCUAUUAGUUUCGGCAUUGACCAGAUUCUUAGUGGUACCGACCAGGAAGAAUCACAGAAUACAACCCGGAGUGGUUCGGAUACUGGCAACUCCACAAGUGGAGGAGGUUACCACCUCGAUAGUCCAACUGGAGCCAGUGCAGCGCCCUUCACUUCGCUUUCCGGUUCUUUUCAUGGCCUUGCAUCAUCAUACCAGGAAUCAAGUCCAUACGGAGUGAACUUGACUUUCAACCCAGGAGGGGUGAUACGCGUCCCGGCGCACAGGCCGCUGGCCGCGGCAGUGCCUCCUUCUAUAGUCAGCGCGGUACCAGGGCUAGGGAGCAUCAGCUUCCCCUGGAUGGAGAGCAGCCAAAGAUUCGCAAAGGAAAGAUUCGCAGCUGCACUGACACCAUUCACAGUGGCCCGGCGAAUCGGUCACCCCUACCAGAACCGCACCCCUCCGAAGAGGAAGAAGCCGCGGACAUCCUUCUCCCGGGUGCAGAUCUGUGAGCUGGAGAAACGCUUCCACAGACAGAAGUACCUAGCCAGCGCUGAGCGGGCUGCUCUCGCCAAGACCCUCAAGAUGACCGACGCACAGGUCAAGACCUGGUUCCAGAACCGCAGGACCAAGUGGAGGCGACAGACGGCUGAGGAGAGGGAAGCGGAGCGUCAGCAGGCCAAUCGGCUGAUUAUCCAGCUGCAGCAUGAUGCCUUUCAGAAGUCCCUGAGCGACUCAGUUCCAUCCGAUCCACUCUGCAUCCACAACUCCUCCCUGUUCGCACUGCAGAACCUGCAGCCGUGGGCUUCUGAUGAAGCAGCAAAGAUGGGCCGUGUCACCGCUCUAGUGUGA